UCACCGGGUCCCAGUCGGAGAUUCCCUGCUGGCAGCCAGCAAUUGCUCACGGGGGAGAGGUCUGUAUCACACUGCUUUUUAUGGCUCUGCAUAGCAGAGCCAUACAAAGCAGUGUGCCUAUAGUGAAACACACACACAGCAAAACAGCACACAGUUAACCCUUUGAUCGCCCCAGAUGUUAACCCCUUCCUGUCCAGUGCCAUUAGUACAGUGUCAGUGCUUUUUAUUAGCACUGAUCACUGUAUUGGUGUCACUGGGGAUGUCAGUGGCAGUCAGUUCCCCCCCAGUGUCAGAAUGCUGGCCUCAGUCC